AAAUCAUGUAUCCUGUCAUUUUGUCAGCUUGCCCAGCUUGGCAGCUGCAUAAAUCUAUAAGUAUCAAAGAGCAGCUGCAUUUAAAAUAUUGUCAAUACUGUUAUAAUCGCCAUACAAAUAAUUUGAAAGUUAAUUUUUAUAAGAAAAAAAAAUGAAGGCUCAAGAAUAUAUUCUUUUAAUUUUUGCCGUUUUAUCAUUUUGGACAGCACCAAUUUCUGCUGACAUUUACAAAGCAUACGACCCUUUUGACUGGCAAUCUGAGCGGUCGGCCGACUUUUCAGAAUCGUUACCAAACGAGUCAAUCGACACCGACAGAUCGUGUUUGGAAUACAGUGAUGAGAACACAUUUGACAAUGUUUAUGAUUACACCGUACAAAAACCUAAUGGACAGGAUAUUUGCUUGAAUGAAUAUGCUGGACAAGUAUUGAUCAUUGUAAAUUACGCAUCUGCAUGUGGUUUCACCUACGACAAUGUGUGCGCUCUUUCCGAACUGUCUAAAAAGUACAAAAAUCAAGGCUUAACGAUACUGAUAUUUCCCAGCAACGAUUUCUUAGAGAAUAUCGGUGGGAAUACCGCAGCAGAACUAUUGGCAAAAAACCAUCCUGAAUUCGAAGUGUUUUCGGAAAUAUGCGUAAAUGGUAAAGCACAACAUCCGGUCUACAGAUUUCUCACGAAUAAGUUACCAGGCACCUUCAACUCCAAAAGUAUAAAAUGGAAUUUUACAAAAUUUGUAGUAGACAGAGAAGGAUGUCCUGUUCAACGAUUUUCAGCAAUAGACAGUUUUAAAGACAUAGAAAAAUUAGUAAAAGAACUUUUAGAGACGCCACCUUGCAAAUGUGACGAUUAUUAAAUCAGUAUUGUCCAGCUACCAACUCCAUUUUAGUAUACAAAACGAAUUCAGUUUUCCAUGAUACCCAGAUUCGACCAGAGACAUACACUUUGUAUUAUUAUGCUAUUAUAAAAAAAUAUUACUUAAAUCGGGCAUUCUACUUUAAUUUUGUUAUAAUUAAACGUAUUGCGUUAUUUUAAUAAAUUUAAAAUACAGGUAUAAAAAUAA